AAUUGUACCUUGUGCCCUGCAGGCACCUUUGGGACUGCUUAUGGUGCCGACUCGGAUGAUGCUUGCAGAGGUUGCGGCCCUGGCAAUUUUAGCGGUGAGGGGUGGACAUUUUGCGAGACGUGUCCAUUGGGAACCAUCAGCACUGGGAAUGCGUCUUCAUGCGAUUUCUGCACAGCCGGUCGCAUCGCCGAGUCCCCUGGGCUGGACGUUUGCAGCCCCUGCACUGCUGGCCGCUAUGGGUUCAAUACUUCCACGUGCGUCGACUGUGGGCCAGGUCGAUACAGCCAGGAGCUGGGAGCAGAGGGCAGCGAAUCCUGUUUGGCUUGUCCUGCAGGACGAGCUUCUGCUGCCUAUGGUGCCGACUCGCCUUUACGCUGU